CAAAGCCUGCCCCCUUUUUCACGAGGAUUUCUCCACCGCCAUCGUUACUUUACGUGUAAUCACGAUUACUAAAUUGGAUUACGAUACUUUUGUUACAUUUCCACGCGGCAGUGGUGCUAGAAACAGGGUCCGAAAUGGAUGUGGAUCAUCAAGAAACCAGCAUGGAAACCAAAUCGGCCAUUAAUACUUGGCGUUAUCGCCACCAUUUCACGUACAAGGCAGAUCAGGGGAAAAAUAUCAUCGUGCAAUGUAAUCUUUGUUUGCCGAGGGUUAAUCUGCUGUCCACGUCGAAAACCUCCACAUCAAACCUAAAGAAGCAUUUAGACAGAACACACUUGGGCUGUGAAGCCAGGCCUGAUGCCAAGAGAGGGAGGAAAAAAGAGGAGUACAACGGCGAGGAGAGCAGACACUGUCAGCUGAAGAAGCUUAAAGCAGAAAUCAUCUCCAAAUGCCUGACCCAAUCAAAGAUCGACGACCUCAUCUUCAGCUUCAUUGUGGAGGACUGUCUGUCGUUCUAUGUGCUGGAGCAGCCCGGCUUCCAGAAGCUGAUCGCAGGUUUGACUGAAGGGCUGAAAGCCAUGGACAGGGUGACCCUGUUCACAAAGGUGGACCAAAGUUUCUCCAGGAUGCGGGAAGAGCUCAUGGCCAAACUCAGCGGCAUCCAGUACGUGUGCACCACGGCAGACAUCUGGACGGCCAACAACAGAAGCUUCUUCGGGAUGACCUGUCACUGGAUAGACACGGAGACGCUGGAGAGGAAGUCUGCAGCUCUGGGGUUUGCACGGCUGCAGGGAAGGAUCACGUAUGACUCCAUCGCUGGGCGGAUACAUGACAUCCAUGUGGCGUAUAAUAUUGAGAGUAAAGUCCAGACCACCGUCACUGACAAUGGCAGCCCGUUUAUCAGCGUGUUUAGAGAGUUUGCAUUAGACAGCAAGGAAAGCGACGAUGACAUCGGGUUCUACGAGAACGUGAGCUCUGUUCUCGAGGGGGAGCCGGAGCAGGACAUGCUCCUGUUUCUGCCCUCCGUGCAGCGCUGCCCAUCACACACCUUGGAGCAGAUUGUCACUGAGGACUUUUGGCAGGCCGUGUCACAGGGGCCCAUGUGCCAGCUGCAUUACAGCACAAUGGCAAAAGUGUUUUCCAUUUGGAGCAAAUGCCACUUUCUCCAGGUAGGCAUGGAUGCUGCAGAAGAGAUAGGAAAAAUGACUCUCGUUGUCCCCGCGGUUAUACGCUGGAGUAUGGAGUACUGUGCUUUGCAGAAGAUCGUCCUGCUCAGUGAGCGCGAGCUGACGGAGCUCUGUGCCCGCCUGGAGGUUCCUCGCCUGCAGGCGGAGGAGAUGGCCUUCCUGAAGGAAUACGUUUCCGUGUUCCACCCGCUGGCGUUUGCACUCGAACUGUUCCAAGCGGAGCAGAAAUGCUACCUGGGUCUGGUCAUCCCGACCGUCCUCAGUUUGAAAAACAAGUUAAAUGAGCAGAAGGAUGCAGCAAACUACUUCAGCGAUGUCAUCAAAACCAUAGUGAUGGCUAUCGACCUGCGGUUCCAGGAGUUGUUCUCCAGCACGGAGGCAAAGAUCGCUACGGCGACCACACCUCAGUUCCGCCUGUGGUGGAUGCCGGCCUCCGAGAGGGAGGAGAUGUGCUCUCUGCUGGCCACAGAAGCAUCCCAGGUGGACCCCUGUAACGUGACGGAGGCAAACACCAGUCGUAAUCUGUCCACCAUCGUAUCCGAGGACGACUUCUUCAGCUACGGGUCUGCCAAGACGACCACUCAGAUCCAGGAGCGGGGGGUGAUGGAGGAGAUCACCAAGUACGUGGAGGGAACGGGGAAGAGCCUCGAGUGCCUGCAAGAUUUCCCCAGAGUGAAGCAGCUUUUCCUUAAGUACAACACCACGCUGCCAUCCACGGCCCCCGUCCAGCGUCUCUUCAGCCAGAAAAGCAACCUGGUCACGUCACAGAGAAACUUUCUGACCGAUGACUACUUUGAACGUAUUCAGCUUUUGAGAUACAACAGCAAUGUGUGCUCUUUGUCCACAGAGUGACUUUCUCUUUCCCUCUGCCUUUCCACAGAUUCAGACUCAAACCAUAAUGUGCUAAAAUCUUCACAGGACAACUGAGUGAUAUGUAAUGUCAUGCACUUUAACCCAGCAGUGUUUUCUAAUACUCCUCCCCUCAAUGCUCUAAUUGGCAUAACUCGCAUCCUCCGGUUAUAGAUGACCUGGUGAAAACCUUUAAUUGACAAUCGUGGACACUGGCAUUUAGAAUGAAUGGAUUGACUAAAGCAUAUUUUUCUCUGUGCUGUUAUUGUGACAUGAAGUAGCCACCAGGUUAAACUGAAGUGAUUUUCGUCUGUCAGUUAUGCUAUUUUUUUCUACAGCUGUUCAGUGAGAAUGCAUCUCCUGUCUGUAUGUUUUUUAUAUACAUAUAUAUGAAGACAAAAGGAAAAAAAAUCCCUUAUUGUGUGCGUCUCAGCUUUUUUCCAUGAAAACCGAUCAAAAGCCUCAAGUAAUUUGAUUAGCGUCAGUGUGGGGAUCACGGUGCCUUAUUUUCAUGCAGCUCUAGCUGCGUCGACAGAUACCGAUUGGCGCUUUGAAGGCGCCCGUGUUCGUGUCAGGACAAUGCAGAGCCAAAAUCCCACUGCUGCACAGUCCCAAGUGCAUUCCUCACCAUGUGUUCAGAUUUCCAGCUGAGGGCUUUUGUAUUGUCUGACAGCUGCCUGGAUAUGAACAGGAAGCUGUCAGAGAACAUAAUCACAGUGACGAGGCUCUGUCUGGACCAACGCUGUCAGACACACAGCGCCAGAACCAAGCCAAAAGAGAGCACGAUAAUCCCUGUAACAAACUGUCUUUUUUUUCAACAUCACUGAAUAUAUGGAUCUUGAAUUAUUCAAAUUUGAGUAUUGAUUUUUACUGACUCCACCUUUUGCAGAUUGUAGAGAGAUGAAGACACAGCAGUGAGCUGCGGGGAACCUCCA